AUGCCUUCGCCUCGGCGCCAGCUACCUUUCCCCAUUCUUGCCAUCUUCGUUUUAUGCCUCAAGUCCGACCUUGUCCGCGGCAGCGAGUGUGCGCUGGGUUAUAACAAAUCAAGCACCGGCUCCUGUUACCGAAUCCUGACAGCUGGCAAGGAUUUCUGUUCUGCCGCCAGUUACUGUCUGCUGGAGCAGGGUAUGCGUCUGAAGCAUCGCGUCUCUCUGCCCGUGGGGGACAUCUCAGGUCUCCUUGCGAGCCUCCACCUCCCCACCCAGUCCUGGGUCGGAGCAGUUACGGUGGGCACGAGGGAGGCGGAGCUGCAGAAUCUCUCCGUUCAACUCAUUUUUCCCCGUGCACGUGGCAGCCCCCUGCCCGAUCACAUACUGACGAAGCUACCGCCGUCCCCACCGACGGUGGGCCAGUGUCUUGCAGCCAGUGACGCCGUCACCUUCCGUCUGGUUGACUGCAGCAUCCAACUGCCCUUCCUGUGCGAGUAUGAGCCUGACGGUGGGGUGGAGGUGUAUGGAGGCGGUGGGGAGGUGAACAGUCAACCGCCAGUCGUAAAUGCGCGCUUUGACAGAGACUUCCCACUUCCGGUUGGUGAGUCGAGUGACAGCAGAGAUGCCCACCUGAGCUGUCUGCAGAGGGCGACAGGUCGACACUCACGGUAUUCCUGUGCUGCGGAGUAA